ACAGAUGACAGCUAUAAGCAGGAGUUCCUAGAGACCCACAACCAGUACAGGAGAAGGCAUCAAGCCUCAGACCUGACGAUAAGUGACGAGCUGUGUAGCUCUGCUCAAGAGUGGGCAGAUCACCUGCUGAGCAUCAAAACCCUUAAGCACAGUGACACAAAGAAUGGGGAAAAUGUGUAUUAUUCCUUUAGCUCUGCCACCAAGCAGCUCACAGGGAAAGAGGCUGUAGAAUGCUGGUACAGUGAGAUCAAGGAUUACAACUUUGAAAAACCAGGAUUUCAAUCCAAUACAGGGCACUUCACCCAAGUUGUGUGGAAAUCUACAACAGAGGUCGGAGUAGGAAUGGCUACUGAUGGAAACACUGUUUUUGUUGUUGGUCAAUACAGCCCUGCUGGAAAUAUAACCAAUGCUGGUUACUAUGAGAAAAAUGUCCUACCUGCAGCUGAAUAA